AUUUAUCGUUAUUUAUCUCUGGAUGAAAAUGAUAUCAUCAAAGGUAAUAAGCAGUAGUAAAUGCUGGUAGAUAGUAUAUAAGCACUUGUUAGAAGCUAAAGUGUGACCAAAUACAGAUAUACAGUAUAAGUACAAAAGCUUUUUAUAAUGUACAAAAUAUUAAAAAUCGGCCGUUUAAACGGACCAGCUGAACACUUCACCAAACCACAGAUUGUUGGUCAUUAUAGUAUUAACGAUGCAAGAGAAUAUUGUAAUGAUUUAUCACAACUAAAGUAUUACAAAAAACCGUUGAAUCCUGAUAAUGUUAAUUUUAAUCUUGAUGAUAAUGAAGAUACGAUAGUUACACCAGAAGACGAAAAUACUAAGUUAGAUGAUUUAUUACGACGGAUGUCGGAAAAUUUUGAUCAACUUAAAAGACAAAAUUUCGACAAUGAAAAUGAUCGGUGGUUGGAACCAGAAAUUGUUUGUUGUCGCGGUUUGUUAAAAGCUGUGAUGGCUACACCAUACAAGAAAAGAGAUGAAAUUUAA